CGUAGAGUGUAGAUCCACAGACUGCGCUGCUCUAAAGUUGUUCUACCAAGAACUGUAAAACUUAAACAUCUGAAAACUGAGGCUGUAACUGAACACCAUCAUCAUCAUCCUCAUCUUCAUUAUUGUUAUCGUCAUCUUCAUCACUGGAACUGGGAGCAAAUAUGGAGCCAGCAGACUGGAUUCCUAAUGAUGUUGCGCAGUGGCUGGAUCACAUUGGAAUACACCAGCACCAGCAGUCUCUGGACAUGCUGUGUGGUGAGGUGGCCCAGCUGUUUGGUGUUUGCCCAUACCCAUCAGCGCCCCCCACCUCGGGCGCCAACAUGCGCAGCUCGGAGGAUGGCAUUUCUGGAACCGUCCUCCAGCGGCUGAUGCAGGAACACCUACGCUACGGGACUGGAGGGACUGCAGGAGGCUCUGAAAACGACAGCAUCGUUGGUGUCCCUCACAUGCUGCUGUCUGAAAAUCCUGCUUCCACAGAGAACCUGCUUCUCGAAGAGGAUGGGCACCUGGUGUCACUGUGCCAGCAGGUGCCACCUCAGACCCAACCAAGGCAGGAGCCACAAGGGCAGGAGCACCAGGUGGAUUCCUGUUCAAUGGAGACAAGUGUAGGACAGAAUAGUGGGGGAAGUGUCCAGGGAACGCUCAAUGUUCCUGGCCUUGGUGGUGUGGAACUUCCGUCUUAUGAGGAAGCUAAGACCCAGUCUCAGCUUUAUAGAGGCCAGCAGGGUCCGAGUGACCAGCAGAUACCCCCUCACAAUCUGGGUUAUGCCCAUAACCAGAACCAAGUUCAGAACAAUCCAUACCCAAGCCAGAACCUCCUGAGCCAUUCUAGCUUCAGUACAAACCAGCAAAUCCUCAUAAACCUAAGUCAGCCCAAACAAGGUCUUCAAACCCAACAUCAACAGACUUACUCAACUACCACUAGUUCCUGCCCUCCUUCUUUAUGUUCUGCCCCAUCCCUCUCCUCCCCUCCUUCCCUUUCUUCUUCUUCAUGCCUCUCAGCUGUCCCGACGAAAGCCCGUGUAGAAGGCAGGGCUUGGGUCCAGCGAGGCCUUAUAGGGGUUACCCCUCCUCGGGAUGAAGGCCUAGCCGAGCUCAAGGUGGGUCACGUCCGCUCUCUUAGUGAACGCAUUAUGCAACUUAGUCUGGAACGCAACGGCGCCAAGCAAAGCAGGGGUCCGACUUCACCACACCCAAAAGAAACUUCAGAAAGACCUGAAAACUCACCAUCACCAACCAGCAAAAGCAUAAAAACUACAGCCCCGCCUGCGCCACCACCUUUACCUUCAAACAAAGCCCCUCUCGACCAUCGAGGUCCACCUCCGGAGUACCCUUUUAAACUGAAAGCUCAGGCAACCUACUCAUCCAGUAUGAGCCCUUGUCCACUACCACUAGAGCUUUUAAGGGAACCUUCCCAUACCUCAGGUCUGAUGCCUCAUCAAGUUGCUUUAUCCCAGUACCAGCCGCCUUCUCCAAUUCUGCUCCAGAGCCAAACCUCAGAGCUUGUACCUGGAGAUGCCUUUGUGAUGGUCAGCCAAACUCAGCAGAUGCUGGAGGUUCUUAGUGGAGAAAACCAGAGACUCAGACAGGAGCUCCUGGGACAGUCCGAGAAAGCUGGGAAACUACAACGGUUGGAGGCUGAAGUGGGCUGCCUCUCUGACGCAUACGAGGGUCUGGUAAAAAGCUCCUCAAAGAGGGAAUCACUGGAUAAAACCAUGAGAAUGAGACUGGAGGGGGAGAUCCGACGCCUGCACGAUUUCAACCGCGACCUCAGAGACCGAUUGGAAACAGCCAAUCGACAGCUGGCCAAUCAGGGAGCAGAGGAGCAAGAGGAAAGCCGCCUUUACCUAACUGAGAGAAGGGAGAGUAUAAAGGAGAUAGAGCGGCUGGAGGUGGAGGCAGAGACUCUUCGCUCGGCCAAUGAGGAUCAGCGGAGGCAUAUUGAGAUUCUGGAGCAGGCUCUGAAAAACGCCCAAAGCAAAGUGGUCAGGCUGGAGGAGGAGUUGGGGAAGAAGCAGGUUUAUGUGGAACGGGUGGAGCGGCUCCAGUUGGCUCUCGGCCAACUCCAGGCCGCCUGCGAGAAACGAGAACAGCUGGAGAAACGCCUGCGAACUCGACUGGAGAGAGAACUGGAAGCAUUGAGAACACAACAGCGUGCUGGUAUGGGCAUGGCUCUUCCUGCUGUGUGUGAGUCGAGCGCCCCGGCCCUGCUGGACUUGCUGAGGGAGAGAGAGGAGAGGAUUCUGGGAUUGGAGGCUGAUAUGAUGUGCUGGGAGCAGAAAUAUUUAGAAGAGAGCGCCAUGAGGCAGUUCGCUAUGGAGGCAGCGGCUACAGCCGCAGCACAGAGGGACACUACCAUUAUCCAGCAUUCUCGCAGUGGCAGCUACAGUGAUGGUUGUCUAUGGCAACACGAUGGGGAAGAUAAGACACACAAUCGCCGGUGCCAGGACAUAGAGACCAGGAUGAAGGAUUUGCACGCUCAGCUUUUAGAGAAGGAUGCCAUGAUCAAAGUCUUGCAGCAGCGUUCACGCAGAGACUCCACCCCUUUACGCCCCGCCCGCUCCACACCAUCCAUCACAGUGGCGACCGGCCUACACUCCCGCCAGACGUCACACUCCGAGAGAGCAGAGCUGCAGAGCUGGAAGGGGAGCGCUAGUGUGCUGCUGGGAAAGGAAAGCAUGGAGCAUCUCACUCCCUCGCUCCCCUCGUUCUCUGCCUCCCUUUCAUCCCUCCCUCCCUCUCACUCUUCACCUCUCUCUCCGUCCUUCACCUCUACCGUUCCUCCCUCUCUCUUCUCGUCCCUUGUCCACUCCUUCCCUCUCCCAUCAUCAGUGACCUCAUCCUCCUCUGUCCCGCACUCGUCCUCCACUCUCCCUCUCUCCUCCUCCUCUGCAACUCUUCCCCACUCCUCCUCCCUUCCUCCACUGCCCCCUCCCCAUUCCUCCUCUCUUCCUUCCACUCCUAUUUUAUCCUUCCAUUCUAAAUCACCUAGCAGAGACAGCAGCACCCAGACUCUCAAAGCCACGCCCCCUACAGGCCGAUUCAAACCUGGGAAGACAGAUUCUCUACCCAGUCUGAUCAAGUCCACAGACAGUCCACCUGUCACGGCUACGGGCCAGAAGAUCAGACUGCCAGACUCGGACCUGGUUGAGAUUCUAAUCUAACACCGAAACAUAAAGAACUCUGAAAACAGAGCUCUGCACUGGAGGAAAGAGGCUCAGCGAGAGUGACUUCAGCAGUGAUUUGACUUGAUCAAUCAAACUUACUGAAUUUAAUCAUUUUUAAAAGGACAGUAAAAGAGAAAGCUAUAUAUAGCGAUGAAAAGAGAACAGUAAAUCAGAUCGUCAUAAAUAAUUUCUUCUGAAAGGAAAGUCGUUAAAAAGAGAGAGAGAGUGAAGUUGAAAGACAGAAGGUGGUAGACAGAUAGAUGACAUGAAAGAAGAGGGAGAAAAAGAGAGGUAAAUGUGGAUUGAUCAAGGUGUUUGUACCUCAAGGGCAAAAAAGAAAGUGUAGUAGUGUGUCGAUCUGUUCUGAGAUUAAUGAUGUGUCAGAUCUUAUCUGAUCAAAGUAAUCUGGUCUUCCACGGCUCUUUCAGCCAGUGAGCCAAUCCAGGCUCUGCCCACAAAUGCUUUCUUCCAUUGCUACAGGUGUCUGAUUGUACCAGCUGUAAGCAAACGCCAUAGCCCAAUGUGUUUCAUUAAAACAAGUGAUUGGUUCGACAGAAAUUAUUUUUAUGCUAAUAUAUCACAAUUUUGCAGGUCUAAACCCAAACAAACGCCCUCUAGUGGUAAAAAAAAAAUAAAAUUUAAAUAUAUAUAAGAAUAUAAAAUAUUUUUAAAAAUCCGGUUUCUUUUCUGUACGAUCUGCACCAAUUGAUGAUGAAUCAGUGAAAAAAGUCUCUGAUCUGAUCUGACCUAGCCUUAGCAACCAGCUUGUUACCAUAGCAACCACUUAGCAGUGGGCUCAGCUAAAGUUUAGCAGCCAGCCUGUUGCCAAAACAGCCACCUAGCAACCUCUCUGCAAUUCCAAGGCAGCAACCAACGAAAACAACUUUAGCAAUCAAUAGCUAAAGUGUAGCAGCAGCACCUUAGCAACCACCAAGCAACACUUUAGCAACAACCUGUUACCAAAUCAACCACCCUGUGUAACAUAGCAACUACCUAGCAAUACCGUGGCAACCAACUGGUUUCUAUAAUAACACCUAGCAAAAUUUACUUAGCAACAAACAGUAGCUAAAGUAUUGCCACACCUUAGCAAACAACAACUGUACCAUUUCACCACCUCGGCAUCCACUUGGCUACACCUUAGCAACCAACUGUAUCAUAGCAACAUCUCAGCAACCACCUAGCAACACCUUAGCAACCAACUGUAUCAUCUGUAUCACUGUACCUAGCAGUGCCUUGGUAAACCAUAGCUACAGUUUUGGCACACCUUAGCACCCACCAAAUAACACCUUGGCAACCACCUAACAGCAACAGUCACAGUGUCUUCAGGAAUCGGUCUAUAUACAGACAGGCAGACACUCGUAAUAGAAAUAAUGUACAGGGCCAAGAAGCACAGUUUCAAACAGCAGCACCGUAAUUCAUGUAAUUGCUUUGGAAAGGCUCUGCUUGUUCAAGUAGAUGUUAAAUUAGCGUUUUAAUCUAAAUGGCUUUUGAAUGAGGUUUAAGACAGGGCAGCCAAUCAGAAUGCACCUUAUGUCUUAAAGCAGAUUAACUGUUUUAAAAUGCUGAAAUAAAUUAUAUUUUUGGUGCCUAAACCCAUGAUUUAGUAAUUAACUGAUGUUUUGUGGGCGGAGCCUAGAUAGGUCAACUGGGUGAUGCCAGUUAUUGUUAGAUCAUUAUUUUAGUGACUACAAAGUAAUGUUUGUGUAUGAGUGUGUGUGUGUGUGUGUGUUUGAAUUGUGAAGUGGUGUGUGUGUGUUAGUGUGUGCGUCUGUCUUUAUGUUCGGCUUGGUUGCUUUUUCCAGUGUGCCUUGAGAUUAUUACAGUAUUAUUACUGUAAACAUAAACAGAUUACCGUAAAGGCACUGCAGUAUCAUAAUUUAUAUGACAUGUGCCUACCACCCUAUUUUUAAAAAUACUCUCAAACGGGUAAUUCUGCUACGGCAAAGAACAUUCACUGGUGCUUGAAAGUUUGUGAACUUUUAGAUUUUUCUUUAUUUCUGCAUAAAUUUGACUUAAAACUUCAGCAGAUUUUCACACAAGUCCUAAAAGUAUAUAAAUAGAACCAAUUCAAAUAGGAAAUUAUCCAGUAUUACAUAUCUGUGAGUGGCAAAAUAAUGAGUACCUUUAGGAUUAACAGAUUAUUUGAAGGUGAAAUAAGAGUCACGUGUUUUUUUUAAUUAAUAGGAUAACAGUCAGGUAUGAGUCAGGUGUGGAGCUCUGUUUUAUUUAAAGAGUAGAGAUUUAUCACAGACCGAUCUUCACAACAUGUUUGUGUAAGUGCAUCAUGGCAUGACAAUGAGAUUUCUCAGGAGCUCAGAAAAAAAACUAAAAUUACAAUACCAUCUCCCAAGGGUUUGGACUCUAUCAAUCCACAAAUGGAGGAACAAACAUUUACAAACGUCAUAACUGUCCUCAGAUGUGGUUGACCAACACAGAUCAUGCCAAGAGAAAGGUGUGUAAUAAGCCAUGAGGUCACAAAGGAACCCAAGGUAACUUCUAAGCAACUAAAUCUCACAUUGAGAACAAUGAACAACAAUGGUAUUCACGGCUGAGUUACAAUGAGAAAGCUGCAAUAAUGUUUUAUUAACGGAGGAGAUCAAAAUAAGGAACUUUAGAUCUAUCUUUGAGCUGAAUCUCUAAAGAACAUGGGUCAUGCAACAAGACAAUGACCCUAAGCACUCAAGUUGUUCUACCAAAGAAUGAUUAGAGAAGAACAAAGGCAACGACCAGGUCAAAUAUUUCUGUCUCAUUUGUUUAAAUAGGGUUCUUCUUGUAUAUUUUGGAACUUAGAUAAAAAUAUGUUGCAGUUUUAGAUCCAGUUAAUGCAGAAAUAUAGUACAAUCUAAAGGGUUCACAAAGCACAAUUUGUAUCACAAUUUAAUUAUGUUUUAUUGGGUUUCCGGCAGUGAUAAACAAGAGUAUUGCCACUCUCACUGUAUUUGUCUUAUCACACUGUACUUUUUGGUCCUCACAUUUCUGCUUUUGUGUUUAGAUCAUUCCAAGCAGAAGCGCUUUUGCAUGAUAAAAUAUUGAGUAUUGUGUUUAUGUUGGCUUUUAUAGCGUAGAUCUGAACUGUUAUUGUAUAUACAAGAGCGGAGCUGUAGAUUUUAUUGUCUGAUAAAAGAUGUUUUGGUAUUUUGCAGUAAAUAAUUGUGCCUUAUCAAAGUUUAAA